AUGGCUGAAAUUCACGACCAAUUUGAUACGAUACUUAUUCUUGAUUUUGGCUCUCAGUACAGUCACCUUAUUACAAGGAGAUGUAGAGAACACAAUGUUUAUGCAGAACUUCUUCCAUGCACAACCUUGUUAAAAGAUGUAAACUUCAAACCUAAAGGAAUCAUUCUAUCUGGGUCACCGUAUUCUGUUUACGACAAGGGAUCUCCUCAUGUUGAUCCAGCAGUUUUCGAUGCCGGAGUGCCUAUUUUGGGAAUAUGCUAUGGGCUUCAGGAGAUUGCUUGGAACCUUGGUGGAGAAGUGACCAAAUGUGACCAUAGGGAAUAUGGCUCUGCAGAUAUCACCGUCUCGACGUUCGGAAAUGGUUCAGUAGACGCGUUGUUCCAGGGUCUAGGAAAUGAGAUGAAGGUUUGGAUGUCACACGGGGAUCAACUAUCGAAGCCACCUCCUGAUUUUCAUGUCAUCGGACACACGUCCACUGCCCCAUAUGCUGCCCUUGCGCAUAAUUCUAAACCGAUAUAUGGUAUCCAAUUCCAUCCUGAAGUAACGCACUCUCCUACCGGAAAGGCUGUUAUUGGGAAGUUCAUCCUUGACAUCUGCGGAUGUCGGAAGCAUUGGACAAUGGAAGAAUUCAUCGGAAAGGAGAUUGCGCGUAUCAGAGAAAUUUGUGGACCUAAGGGAAGAGUUAUUGGAGCUGUUAGUGGGGGUGUUGAUAGUACAGUCGCUGCGAAAUUAAUGCACGAAGCCAUCGGUGAUCGAUUCCACGCCAUUAUGGUAGACAACGGUGUCCUGCGGCUGAAUGAAGCCAAACAGGUCCAUGAGAUGCUCAACAAGGAUUUGGGCGUCAAUCUGACUGUCGUUGACGCUUCUGACCUCUUCCUAUCUCGUCUCGAGGGAGUUGAAGACCCUGAAAAGAAGCGCAAAAUCAUCGGCAACACGUUCAUUAAUGUUUUUGAGGCAGAGGCUGCGAAAAUAGAAGCUGCUGCUGAGGAAGACGAAAAGAACGGCGCUGAAGCCAAGGGUCGCGUCGAAUGGCUUCUACAGGGAACAUUGUACCCCGACGUCAUCGAAAGUAUCAGCUUCAAAGGCCCCAGUGCCACCAUUAAGACUCAUCACAAUGUCGGUGGUCUUCUUAAGGAUAUGAAACUAAAAUUGAUCGAGCCUCUGCGAGAGCUCUUCAAAGACGAGGUUCGAGCUCUAGGGCGCCUAUUGUCAAUCCCCGCGCAACUCGUCGGCCGACACCCUUUCCCAGGACCCGGCCUUGCCAUUCGUAUCCUGGGUCCGGUUAACAGAGAACAAGUCAGAAUUCUUCAGUUAGCCGAUACUAUUUACAUCGAAGAGAUUCGCAAAGCAGGAUUGUACGAUCAAAUUGCGCAAGCCUUCGCCGUUCUUUUGCCAGUUAAAGCCGUCGGAGUCAUGGGUGACCUACGGACAUACGAGCAGGUUAUCGCUCUCAGAGCUGUACAGUCAGAAGAUUUCAUGACGGCUGACUGGUUCUCUUUCCCUCCUGAGGUCCUUCGCCGCAUCUCCUCUCGGAUCACAAAUGAAGUGGCUGGAAUCAACCGUGUUACUUAUGAUAUUUCUUCGAAACCUCCGGCAACUGUUGAAUGGUUGUGA